AUGAGACCACUGGUCGUGACAGGUGCAACUGGCAAACAAGGCGGAGCACUGAUAACAGCCCUCUUAUCCCAUCCCUCCCAACCUUUCGAGAUCUACGCAGUCACGCGCAACAAGACCUCCAAAUCCGCCCAAGCCCUCGCCAAAAACCCGAACGUCCACAUAAUCGAAGGCAACUUCAACGAUCCCGACGCAAUCUUCUCCCAAGUAAAAUCCCCAUGGGGCCUCUUCGCCAUGUCCAACCCCAUGAACGCCGCAAAAGAAGAAGAGAAAGAAGGCAAAGCCUUAGUGCACGCAGCCACAAACGCCGGAAUCCAACACAUAAAAAGACGACAACAUGGACAUUUCUCUCCGGCCCGUAGCUUUCUACGAAACCAUGACGAACGAUUUUUUUUGGGAAAAGCUUUCACGGCAAUGUGGGGUUUGAAUGGCAAUGAUGCGAAGUUGCAAUUAGUCAGUACAAAAGACAUCGGCAAGAUAGCAGCGGAAGCCUUCCCCAACGCCGAGACAUCCGAAUAUCGGAACAAGAGCAUAUCUCUGGCAGGAGAUGAGAAUUCGGUGGUUGAGGCCGAGAAAGUAUUUAGAGAGGUGACGGGACAAAAGAUUCCAGAGACGUAUGGGUUUGUUGCGAGGAUACUGAAAUGGUUGCUUCAUGAGCAGUUGGGGUUGAUGUUUGAUUGGUUUCGAACGGAGGGAUUUGGCGUGGAUGUUGCGGAGUUGAGGAAGAGGUAUCCGUAUUUGAAGGACUUUAGUGCGUGGUUGGAGACGGAGAGUGCUUGGAAGAAAGCGUUAGAUGGCGUUCAGUCAUCCUCAGGCAGUCGUGACAAGGCACCAGAUUUGUGUAGUCUACAAUCGUAA